CGGGAGCGGGACAUUCCGUAGUAGCAGGAUGUGAGAGAGGUGACAGGAACUCCGCCGUCAUGACAACAAUCCGAUUACAUUGAGACACUUAUCUGUGCAGGCUAUUUAUGUGCAUACCAGCAGUGUUUAGGAGCAAGACCCACUUAGAAGAACCUUUGCAAGCACUAAACAAGGUGUAUUUAUUUGUAUACUAGUUGUAAUAGAAGAACUAAAGAGAAAGUACUUAUUGAGCAACGUUGCAACUUUUCUUUGAUGAACUAGCCUACCUAUUUUAUCAAUGUCGGGAUGUAUGGAGGAAUAAUCUGUGGACAUUUAGGCUAUCAAGUGGAGGACACUACGCGCAAGAAAAGGUUGCCAUAUUUUAAGGUUGUUAAUCAAAUGCGUAUUGUUGAUUCAAACUUUUCUUUUGAACAGUAAUCAUGUCAAGUGUAUGCAUCAGGCUAUAUUUAUGUUGGUUUUAGCGUGCAUUCGUGCGUUUCGACGGGCUGCAGAAUAGGCUGACCAGAAUAGGCAUAGGCCGAUUUUUACUGUCGUUGUUUUGUUCCUUGAAGCAAGUUCUGAAAAACAUAUAUAGAAAUCUAAUUUCAGUUUUUUAUAUUGGAAGAAAAAGAGACUGUGCUCAUCCUCUGUCAUUCAGGGGCUGAUGAAGGUAACCUACAUGGUGUAAAGAUGGAUACUAGUCCUACAAGAAGUAUUGAUGGACAGACAUGUGUGGGGGAGAGCCCUGCCCGCAAUGGGGAGUCCAGGCACCGAGGCAGCACCAGGGGCAGCUUCCGCGCCUUUGCCACAUGGAGCUCAUCCUCCCAGUCCUCCCAAAAGGAAGAUCUAGGGAGCAAUGUUAGUAAGAGACUUAAUUCCAUUGUCAACUCCCAAUACAAUGACCAUCACAGCACCACAGCAGAUCCCAAGGGCCAACUGUGGGUGUCAGCAGAACCUGACACAACCACCACCAAUACCGCUACUACCACAUUCUCCAAAGGAGCAGAAGUCAUCACUUCUACUCAGGCCUCAGAGACGGAGGAGAAUGACCAUGUGGACCAGUCCACCUACUUUCAGAGGCAGUUUGGGGCGCUGCUCCAGCCAGGGGUCAACAAGUUCUCCCUGCGCAUGUUUGGUAGUCACAAGGGCGUGGCAGCAGAACAGGCCAGGGUCAAAUCCUUUGGAGUGUGGAUCAUCCACCCCUACAGUGACUUCAGGUUCUAUUGGGACAUUGUGAUGCUACUCCUGAUGAUGUGCAACCUGGUCAUCCUCCCCUGGGGCAUCACCUUCUUCGAAGACCAGAAAACUUUGCCCUGGAUCUCCUUCAACGUCAUCUCUGACACCUGCUUCCUGGUCGACCUGGUCCUCAACUUCCGCACGGGCGUCCUAGAGGGAGACGACCAGAUCAUCCUGGACCCCAAGGUGAUCCGUAUGCGUUACCUGAAGACUUGGUUCGUGGUGGACUUCAUCUCCUCCAUCCCAAUGGACUACAUCUUCCUGAUAGUGGACCUGGAGGCCCAGAUGGAGGCUUCGGAUGUGUACCGCACGGCCCGUGCUCUCCGUAUCGUCCGCUUCACCAAGAUCCUCAGCCUGCUGCGCCUCCUGAGACUGUCCCGCUUCAUCCGCUACAUCCAUCAGUGGGAGGAGAUAUUCCACAUGACCUAUGACCUGGCCAGUGCUGUUGUGCGUAUAGUAAACCUGAUUGGUAUGAUGCUACUGCUGUGCCAUUGGGACGGCUGCAUGCAAUUCAUGGUGCCCAUGUUGCAGGAUUUCCCACCAGAUUGCUGGGUUACCAAGAACAACAUGGUGAAUUCCACAUGGCAUUUACAGUACUCAUAUGCCCUGUUCAUGGCGAUGAGUCACAUGUUGUGUAUAGGAUAUGGUGCCCAGGCUCCUGAGGGCAUGACGGACGUAUGGCUGACUAUCAUGAGUAUGAUUGUGGGCGCCACCUGCUAUGCCAUGUUUCUGGGCCAUGCCGCCAACCUAGUUCAGUCUAUAGACGCCUCCCGCCGACAGUAUCAGGAUAAGUAUAAGCAGGUGGAGCAGUACAUGUCGUUCCAUAAGCUGCCGGCGGACGUGAGGCAGAGGAUCCAUGAGUACUAUGAGAUUCGCUUCCAGGGCAAGAUGUUUGACGAAGAUAGUAUUCUGGGAGAACUCAGCGACCCGCUCAAGGAGGAAAUUGUGAGCUUCAACUGCCGCGGGUUGGUAGCCAACAUGCCGCUGUUUGCCAAUACAGACCCUCAUUUUGUAACAGUGAUUCUGACCAAGCUGCGCUUUGAGGUCUUUCAGCCUAAUGACUUCAUCAUACGGGAGGGGACACUGGGGCGGAAGAUGUACUUUGUCCAACACGGCUGCGUUACCGUGCUCCCCCGCGGAAAAAAGGAGAUACAGCUUAGCGAUGGAGCCUACUUUGGGGAGAUCUGCCUGCUGACCCGUGGACGUCGGACGGCAAGCGUGAGGGCUGAUACGUACUGCCGCCUCUACUCCCUGAGCGUGGACAGCUUCAACGAGGUCCUGGAGGAGCACCCGCUGAUGAGGAGGGCCUUUGAGAGCGUGGCUGUGGACCGCCUGGACCGGGUACAGGGGCGAGAACCCUUCAUGAGCUUCUCCACAGACUGACUGACACUUAUGGGCUCAUAGAGGAGAGCUAACACAGGCAGCACAGUGGAAAUCUAUGUGACAAGAUGGAGGGCAUUCAACUGAUAAAGAUCAGACAGUAAAUGGACAUGUUGCUCUUGUUUUUAGUUUGGGAACCUACUUAUAGAAAGUUAUGCUUCAAAUAUGUUUAUUAAGAAGCAUAUUACAAUGGAAACAAGUGUAUAAACAUAUCAAUGAGCUUCCCUUUUUAACAGAUAAAAUAACAGUAAUAUACAUCAAAACAAAAUGGACACAUCAAAACCAACACACAAAAAAAUAUUAAAUAAAAAUGUAUAGUACCCCCCUCCCCUCUUCACACCCAGUCCCCCACAUACAGUGCAUUUGGAAAGUAUUUAGACCCCUUGACUUUUUCCACAUUUUGUUACGUUACAGCCUUAUUCUACAAUUGAUUAAAUAGGUUUUUUCCUCAUCAAUCUACACACAAUACCCCAUAAUGACAAAGCAA